AUGGGCGCCGUCAUUUCAUAUCUCCAGGGCGGCAUCACGACCAUCACAAGCGUUAUCCGCACGCUCUCAGCCCUCAAUGCAAAAUACCAGUCUCUCCUCCAGCGAGUCCACGCCGGGCCAUUUACGCCCGUUGCCAAUCCCACGGUUUCAUAUUGGAUGCAGGAUCCGCCGUUUCCAGAGAUGUGCGACAUUCAAGGCGAUUUGCCAGAGGAGGCGGACGUGCUUAUUAUUGGGAGCGGCAUUACGGGUGCUGCUGCUGCGAAGACGGUGCUUGAGCUUUCAUCAUCUUUUAAACCUGAGUUGAAAGUAGUUGUUCUGGAGGCAAGGCAGCUGUGCAGCGGCGCAACGGCUCGGAAUGGCGGACACAUCAAGUGCGCGCCUCAUGAGGAGUUUGCGCGGCUGAGGAGGACGCUGGGAGAGGACAAGGCGAGCAAGGUUGUGAGGAUGGAGAUGCGGCAUUUGGAGGUUUUGAAGGGGGUUGGAGAGGAGGUGAUGGGCGGGGAGGUGAGGGAGGUUGAGACGGUGGAUGUUUGUCUUGAUGGGGAGGUGUUUAAGAAGUUGAAGAGGAGUGUGGGGGAGUUGCGGGAGUGGAUGCCCGAGGUUGAGGUUUGUGCUUGGGAGGAGGAUGAGGCGAGGGAGAGGUUUGGGGUGAAUCAGCAUGUUGUGGGAGCAAUCUCUUACAAGGCGGGUGCUCUGUGGCCGUAUCGUCUCGUCACAAGCACAUGGAACGACUUGAUCCAGCGAUAUCCUAAUCUCGUCAUCAGCACACACACUCCAGUCUCAUCCAUUACUUCAAAUAGUGAUGCCUUAACAUCAACUUCCACACCGUACAUACUCCACACAUCACGCGGCCUUGUCCGCGCAAAACACGUCCUCCACGCGACAAACGGGUACACAGGCCAUCUCAAUCCCGCCCUGAGAGGCUGCUUAACAGGUGUGAUUGGCCAUAUGACGGCUCAAAGCCCUGGAAGCGGAUUCGAGCCCGUGUGUCAUGGUGAUAGAUCGUGGUCUGUUAUAUAUGGCAAUGGAUUUGAUUACGUGACGCAGCGACCGGAUGGAGAGGAUGGGUCUGCGGGGGAUUUGAUGCUGGGAGGGGGCUUGUUUAGGAGUAAAGAUGAGGGAUUGGACCAGAUUGGUGUUUGGGAUGAUGGUCGGAUAGAUGCGUUUCCGCUGAUGCAUCUGAGGGGCAGCAUGGCGACGGUGUUUGAGCCGAGAUGGGGAGUUGGGGGGGAAUUGAAGGGGGCGUGGACGGGGAUCAUGGGGUUUACGGGCGAUAUGCUUCCCUUUGUGGGGGGUUUGCCUUGCGGAUUGGAUAUAUCGAGGAAAAGAGCACGAGGGGGCUUUGAAGAGGGGGCUUGUGGACAGUGGCUGGCUGCUGGGUUUAACGGAGAGGGCAUGGUGUGGGCUUGGCUGAGCGGCGUGGCGGUGGCUGUCAUGAUGCUGGGCUUGGAGGAGGACGAUCUGGAGGAGGCUGUGGGACGGCCGGGGGGGAGGUUGGAUGAGUGGUAUCCGGUGGAGGAGGUUGAGGUUGAUACGGCGAGGCUGAGGAGGGCGGAUUUGACGAAUCUGGCUGGUGAGGUUUGAUGAAGGAUAUUUAUAUUACAUGUCUAUAACGGCGUCUUUACAGCUUCGCCUUGUUCUCCUUGCGCCACUGCUCAACCCACACCUUUCCAAACUCCUUCCUGUCCGCGUCCUUUCUCGUAUCCUCCUUGAACCGCGCCUCCUCCAUCUCCAGUCCCGCACCAGUCAGCUCCUUUACAAGAUCUUUAUAAAUCUCCCUCUUAAUCGUCCCGUACACGCCCUUCUUGGGCUUCUCCAGCAAUUGUCUCUCUGCCACAAACUUGAGCGCGUCCUCUAAUCCGCCCGCCAACGCAUCCGCAAUGCCCUCGUCCACUGCUUCCUGGCCGGUGAAGCGGUGGCCCUCGAGGGCGACUUUGCGGAAGAGCGCGUUGGAGGGCAGUUUUGCGCGGAAGAGGGACGCCAUGGCGGGCUGGAGGUGGGCGCCGAAGAGGACCUCGUUGAGGCAGAUGAAGCCCUUUGGGGAGGGGGCGAGGCGGUAGUCGUGGGCCAUGGCGAGCAUGAGGCCGCCGGCGUAGGCGUGGCCGUUGAUGAGGGCGACGGUGGGCAUGGGGAAGCUGUGGUUGUUAGCUGGUG